AUGAAUAAUCAAUAAAACUCAAGUAAUUUGUGUAUACUACCAGCUAUUCAUAUUAAAUGUAUAGAUCACCCAAACAAUGAGAUCAAGAGCGUAUGUUGCUAACUUGACUGCGAAAAGCAUAGCCCUUUUAUUUGCUAAGAAUGCAAUUCCCAUCCCAGUGAUCAUAAAAUAGAAGAAAGAGAUAGAUUCCUUCUUUUAUUUAGCCGUGAAAUAGAAAAAAAUGUAAAGAUUUAGCAACAAAUUUAUGAUGAAACUAUUGGGAAAAAGGAGAAUUUGAGCUUAUUAAGAUGGAUGGAAGAUAGCUAAAAUCAUAUCAUAAAGUUAUAAGACUAUAUUAAAGCCUAGAAAUUUUAGGUUGAACAAGAUAUUGAAGAAUUUAUUAUAAUAAUUAACAAGACGCUCAAGAACAUCAAAGAAAAAUCCUUUCAAAAAUUCGAUGAGUUUUUAGAUAACUACAAAUAAAGUUUAGAAAUAUUUUAGCUAUUUAAAGAUGAUGUGUUUUAAUUGAAUUAAAAGUUUAAAUAUUUCAGUAAUCCAAACAUAUUGGCUUCUAAAUUGAUAAAUUAGAACAAUUAAAAGGCCAGCAAGACUAUAAAUGAAAUAAAAAGAGCUAUUCUAAUUGCUUAGGAAACAAAUUCAAAAAGCAAGGAUUUUGUUGAUAAUCUACAUCUUAGUCUUAAAGAGUUAAAUAGUUUAAUUGAUGAUCUCCCUUCUUAUCGAGGAGCAGGUUUGUUCUAAGAAGAGUUAACUGAACCUCUGUAAAAAAAAAUUGAAGAAUUUUAUAUGGAUAAUUUACAUAUUCAUAAAAAUGCACCAAUAACUCUGAGUCUAGCUAAUUACAAAGAAAAUCGUCUAAACAAAACAAUUAAAACAAAUGAAAUUAGUCUCUCAUAGAAGUACAGCUAGAAUAAUUCGCAGAAUAUUGACAUACAAAGUAUUAUAAACAAAAGUGUUUUAAAUUUCUUUGACCCAAACAUUGGUUUGGUAAAUUAGAUAGGAGUGAAUUAAGACGAAAAGCAACCAAACAAGCUCAAUUAAUUUAAUGAUUUGAACUUAUAUCAAGAAAUCAGCAGUGAUGCUUUUCAUGAAAUAAACUACCCACUUUACACACCUUUAAAGCUAAAUAUUAGAGAAAUUGGGAAGUUUAAUCUAUAUGAGAAUGAAGAAAUUCAAUUUUAAUACACAUCUAUGAGUUAUUUAGGAUACAAUCUUAUUGCUUUAGCAGGAAAAGAACCACAUGUAUAUGAUAUGAUAUCCAAGAAGAUAUAUACUCCUGAUCCAUUCGUGAUUAAUAAGCAUUAUCAAGAUCUUAUUUCAAUAGAACCCAUUUCGCCUUUGUUUUAACCACUGCAUUUCAAAGAUAAAAUUAUUUUUGCUACUUCUUCUCUUGAUUCCUCUAUUGUAUUUUGGACUAUAGACAAAAACCAUGUUAUUAAUUCCUUUUAAAAGCUACUUGGCUUUUUGAUGCCUGUCAAUUUUAUAGUAGACCUCUAAGAUGGUGCUAGAAUUCUAGCUGUAGAUGGUAGUAAUGAAAUCUAACUACUUGAAUACCAUAAUUACAGAUGGUUAUUUUCAAAGAAACUCUCUCAAUCAAAGGUUACAGACAUAAAGCUAACUUAGAAUUAAUAAGUAGUUGUAGCUUUAGAAGACGGAUAGAUAAGUGUGCUAAAGUUGAAUAUUUCUUACAAUUCUUCGUCUUCAUUUGAAGAGAUAUUAUAGUUUUAGACAGGAGUUUAAGGUGUAACUAGCUUAGGACUAAUCCCAAAGACAUGGGACAGAAAAAACUUCUACAUUUUAGGAUGCAAAGAUGGAUCUUUAAAAUUAUUUGAUAUCAUAUAAAAAAAAGUAAUGGCAACUUUUAAUUGUAAUCAAGGUGAGUUAUUAGAUCAUAUUAUUUUAAGAGAGAGUAAAAAAUGUGCUUUUUCUUUAGUUUAUUUGGGUCAAAGUGAUAAAUGUUUGAAGGCUUAUCACUUCGCUGAAAAUAGCAACGAUAAUGUAAUAAUCUAAGAGCAAAUUCUAUUAAAUAUUUAAGAAUUCACCUCAAGUUUGCCAGGUUAAUACAAAAUCUAAAUCAUACCUUCAUUUUAAUAAUCCUUCUAAAAUUCUCCAUUAAUCUUAAUUUUAUCUGAAACUCACAAACAUAUUAUGGUAUUGCAAGUUGAGUCAUAAGCAAAAUGA